AUAAAUGAAGUUGCUGUAUAACAUAAUCUUCCUGAAAAUUGCAUAAAUUUCUAUUGUUUAGACAUGUUUUUUUUGUACCAAUUGAUUUGAAGCAAAUAUAGAUAUAAAGAAUGUCACCAUCACCUAAACUAGAAGAUAAAACAGAAAGUCCAAUGAUAUAAUCAUAGAGGAUAAAUAAAUAAUUCAAAUAUGACAAGGAAUACAAAUAUUGAAUUGGACAGCAUUUUGUCUGGUACCUGAUAGCUUUCAAGGUUCCUAGAAGAAUCAACACACACACACACACAGGUCGAUGGAGAUGAAGGAAGCUCAGAGGAAGGCAAAGGCAGUGGUUGUGGGAGGCAGCAUAGCUGGGAUAUCUUGUGCACACGCCUUGAUUGCAGCGGGGUGGGACGUGGUGGUGCUGGAGAAAACAAGCUCUCCUCCAAAUCGUUCUGCUACUGGUGCUGGAGUAGGACUCGACACAGUGUCCCUGAAGCUCAUAGAGAAAUGGAUCCAACAGCCCCAACAUCUCCAGCAACUCAGUUUGCCUAUGACUAUUGAGCAUGAACAAACAACAGAUGGUAACAAGAAAAUUACAUGGACACUAUCAAGAGAUGAGCAUUUCAAUUUUAGAGCAGUGCAUUGGGCUGAUCUGCAUAGCCUUCUCUACAGCUCCUUGCAAAGUGAUGUCGUUCUUUGGGGACAUUUGUUCUUGUCCUUUCGCAUUUCUGAUGAUAAAACUUAUGUUAAAAUUCAAGCUAAAGUACUCCAAACUAAUGAAACAGUGGAGAUAGUGGCCGAUUUGCUUGUUGCAGCCGAUGGCUGCCUCUCGUCAAUACGUGAAGCUUUUCUUCCAGACCUUAAACUGAGAUAUUCUGGCUACUGUGCAUGGAGAGGUGUCCUUGAUUUUUCAAACAAUGAGAAUUCAGAGACCAUAAUCCAACUCAAGAAGGCAUAUCCUGAUCUUGGCAAUUGCAACUAUUUCGACAUAGGUUCAGACGGUCAUGCUAUUCUCUACGAGCUAAUCAACCAACGAGUCAAUUGGAUUUGGUAUCACAAUCAACCAGAGCCACAAUUUAAGGGAAACUCGGUGACAACAAAGGUGAGCAGAGAUAUGAUUGAGGAUAUGUAUGAAGCAGCAGAGAAUGUCUGGAUUCCAGAGCUGGUGAAAGUGAUGAGAGAAACCAAGGAGCCUUUCUUGAAUGCCAUAUACGACGCUGAUCCCCUCGACCAAUUCUAUUGGGACAACGUGGUUUUGAUCGGAGAUGCAGCUCACCCCAUCAGUCCUCAUGCUGCGAGAAGCACAAACAUGUCGAUCUUAGAUGCUGCAGUCCUGGGGAAGUGCCUCGAGAAAUGGGGCGUGGAGAACCUCACCUCGGCCCUAGAAGAAUAUCAGUCUAUUAGGCUGGUGGUGGCUUAUGAGCAAGUUCUGUUCUCACGGAGGAUGGGGCGCAUAAAGCAGCGUCUGCCCCUCCCCGAUAGCAACCUCUUUGAUCAUCUCACAGCCAGUCAAGAAGAAAGCAAAGUGCUUCACCUGAGCAACAUGCCUUAUUUCAAUCACAUUCCCUCCAUUCUUGCAACAGAUUGUAACAAAAAGAACUAAAAUCAGUUGGAACUGACAUGAGACAUGAGAAAUCCAUUUCCCCUAAAUCAUGGGGAGUUUUCUUUCCCUCCCCACAUGAUAUAAACAAACCACCACCACCAUUUUUGCAUCCUCACACACACACACACAACAACAACAAAAAUGG